AUGUCAGACGAGCACGUUCGUCAGGCAGCCUCGAGUUUCGAUAGGCUUGAGAACUUCAACUUCCUUCUCUCUCGACACGAUCCCGCCGUGGCAAAGAGUCGACAUUACUCAUUCGACGCCGACUCGGCUGGUCUCGCAUCGAUUCAACAUUUGAACAUGGAUUACGAUCAGACCGAGGGAAUGGGCGGUCUAUCCGUCAGUUCCUACGACAGCAUUGAAGACGACCGCAGCCCCAUCGACGUGCGAGGGUAUCCCUACCAUGCAGGAGACAAGUCAGUGAACUAUUCUCUGCCCGAUCAAAUGAUUUCCUAUUCAGCCCACCCCAUCUAUCCUCCUAUCUCUUAUGGAGCAUCCGAUGACCUCGGGCACGGUGCGGGGGCCAUGACCCCCUCGGAUGUCUCGUCGUCGAUAUCCCCGCCCAACGGCCAGAUCGGCAACAACAAGUACAGCACGUCCAUCUCGAGCGACCACAUCGCCUCCGCGCUCGGCCAGGAAGAGGGCGGGCGGGUUGCGGCCGAGGAAGACCGGCGGCGCCGGAAUACGGCCGCCAGUGCCCGGUUCCGCAUGAAGAAGAAGCAGCGCGAGCAGAUUCUCGAGCGCACGGUACGAGAGACCACCGAGAAGAACGCCAGUCUCGAGGCCCGGGUGGCCCAACUCGAGAUGGAGAACCGGUGGUUGAAGAACCUCCUGACCGAGAAGCACGAGGCGACCGGUACCCGCAUGGGCCCUCCGUCGCAGGACACGUUGAAUCAGAAGAGCAACGGGAGCAACGGGCAAAAACAUAUCCAGCCAAAAAAGAAGGGCGUGGGGACCGAUCACUAG